UUGAUUUUAUGCCGUAACUUUUAUUCAUGCAUGAGUUUAAGAUUGCACCUUUAAAAAAUCAAACAAAACUGUACCACCAUACAGUAUUUCAAAGAAUAAAAUUUGCAUUUAGAUAAAACUAAUUGUCAGUGUUUUCCUCUAGCUAGCUGGCUAAUCUAAACAGUAACCAAUGGUUAGCUAGCACUAGCUUCUGAGAUAACGGUAGCCACAUAUUGCCGAACGCUCAUUCAUUCAUAAACUAGCUACCGGCCACUGCAGAGGCCGAACGGGAUCUUUCCUCAGUCAAAGGUUCUGUCAGCAAAGGACAUCAGAGGCGGUGUUUUGCAGAUCUCCCAUCAGGUCACCUGAGGUGAAUGCUACGGACCUAAGUGAACUGGGGGCUGGCGGAGAGGUCGGCAUGACGGUGGCCAGGCCGGCGAGAGGCGCUACGGUCUAAACGAGCAGCCGCGACGGGAGUGGGGCCCUCCCCCAACCCCGGCGGGGGGGGAGGGGGAUGGCACGGUGGACAGUGCACCUCGAGGGUGGGCCGCGGAGGGUCAACCACGCGGCGGUGGCUGUGGGGCACAAGGUCUACUCCUUCGGGGGAUACUGCUCGGGCGAGGACUACGAGACCCUGCGGCAGAUCGACGUGCACGUCUUCAACGCAGUGUCCCUGAGCUGGAUGAAGCUGCCGCCGGUGAGGACCGCCGGGCGCGAGCACGCCCGGGAGGUGCCCUACAUGCGCUACGGCCACACGGCUGUGCUGAUGGACGACACCGUCUACAUCUGGGGGGGCAGGAACGACACGGAGGGGGCCUGCAAUGUGCUCUACGCUUUUGAUAUCAACAGUCACAGGUGGUUCACUCCCACGGUUUCGGGGACAAUCCCAGGAGCGAGGGACGGCCACUCGGCCUGUGUCCUGGGGAAGACCAUGUACAUCUUUGGGGGAUACGAGCAGCUGGCUGACUGUUUCUCCAACGACAUCCACAAGCUGGACACCACGACCAUGACCUGGUCGUUAGUCAAUUCAAGGGGUACCCCAGCUCGGUGGAGAGACUUUCACUCAGCGACCAUCAUUGGCACCAAAAUGUAUGUGUUCGGGGGCAGGGCGGACCGCUUUGGCCCUUUCCACUCUAACAACGAAAUCUACUGCAACAAGAUCAAAGUGUUCGACACCCAGACCAACUGCUGGCUGGACACCCCUUCCACACAGCUACUGCCAGAGGGAAGGAGAAGUCACUCGGCAUUUGCCUUCAAUGGAGAGUUGUACAUAUUUGGAGGCUACAAUGCACGUCUGGAUCGGCAUUACAAUGACCUGUGGAAAUUUAAUCCAGAGACAUUCUCCUGGAAGAAGGUGGACCCCAAGGGCAAAGGGCCCUGCCCUCGUAGGAGACAGUGCUGCUGCAUGGUGGGGGACAAGAUCAUCCUGUUUGGAGGAACCAGCCCUUGUCCAGAGCAGGGGAUGGGUGAUGAGUUCAACUUGAUGGAUCACUCUGAUCUGUAUAUCCUAGACUUCUGCCCUGAUCUGAAGACGUUAUGCAAACUAGCCGUUAUUCAGUACAGCCUGGAGCAGUCUGGACUGCCACAUGACAUCAGGUGGGAGUUGACGGCCAUGACCACCAACAGCAAUAUCAGCCGCCCCAUCUUCUCCUCUCACGGCUGAAAGUCCGCUGGACCCCCAGAGCCGGAGGAAAAGGGAGCGAUGCGCGCACUUUUUGGUCCCGUUUGAGGAACUUUGUCUUUUUUAACCGGUGUGCAAAGGGUGUUUCUUCACGUUUCAAAACUGGCAUAGGAAUUUCUCCAGAGCCCUCACUCUCCAUAUACGAACACGCAUCGACUUUUCCUCUGCGGCCACUAUGGAACUCUAGAUUUUAAGGAAAGUUACAUGCACCUGGGUUUUGCGUCUGUUAUUUUUAAGGUACAUGGUAGCGGGCAUUCUGAGGGAGAAACUGACUUGAACACAAAUCAUCGCACAGUGUUAAUUGAAGUGCUUCUUCCAAUUAUGAGUGAGAAGAGCUGUUGCAACAUGUCAACCAUUUUUGUUUGUUUGAUUUUUUUCCCGGUCCAUUCAGCAUCAUGCAUUUGAUCCAAAAAAAAAAAAAAAACAAAAAAACUAGCAAUCCUCACGCAAAGAAAGAUCUCCUCAACCUUGUCCUCAUCAGACGGAUUGUUGAUAAUCAAGUUGUCGCAAAUGACUCGUUUCUGUCAGAAAGGCACGUACAGAGGCACGUCGCACGCUCUUCAAUCACAAGGAUUUUUCGGCGGGAUGAGGGUAAUGAAAUGUCUUCCAGGCUCAUGGGCUUAAAAGCAAGGACUCACAAUCUACACUAUCAGUUAACCCAUUAUGUUGCCGUGUUCUAUGAUACCAAUGCAGUUUCUGUGACACACUGUUUUAGAAGAGAUCGUCGCUCAAAUUUCUGUUCAUAUUUUCACAGCUCCUUUCACAAGUAGUUCAGGAUUUGUGCAAAGUUGAGAGCGAGAGAGCCUUUCGGAGGAGCGUCGUGGCCCUCAGUGUGUCAGGCACACACUGUACACUACAGUCUGUAGCACUCAAACACACACACACACACACACCCUCACACACACAUACAG